GGUGCGGCGCGGCCGGAGGGGAUGUGGCGGGUGCUGCGCGGGGGGCGCCGCCUGCUGCGGCUGGGGGCUCGGCCUCGCUGCGCUGCCGCUGAUCGCGGCCCGCGGCCGCUCCUCGGGCCGGCAGGGGCCGGAGGAGGAGGAAGCAGGGCGCUGGGGGCGCUGGGGGCGGCGGCGGAGCAGCGGCGGGCGGCAGAUACUGCAAAGUUCAACAUUGACUUUGUUGUAGCUCUGCUGAGGCAAGAAAAUGCAAAAGACAUCUGUGUCAUCCAAGUACCUCCAGAAAUAAAAUACUGUAACUAUUUUAUAAUUGUGAGCGGAUCUUCAACACGACAUCUCCAUGCAAUGGCACAUUAUAUGAUGAAAAUGUACAAGCAUCAGAAAGAAGACACUGAUCCUCAUGCUCGCAUUGAAGGGAAAGAGACAGAUGACUGGCUGUGCAUUGAUUUUGGUAGCAUAGUGAUGCACUUCAUGCUGCCGGAGACACGGGAAACUUACGAGCUGGAGAAGUUAUGGACGCUAGGCUCCUAUGAUGACCAGUUAACACAGAUGACUCCACAGGCACUGCCAGAAGACUUUAUUUUUGGGCUGACUGCCCAACAGCAGUGGGAAGCAUCACCAUCUUGUGACGAGAACUGAAUGCAGCUGCUGAGGUGGCGAGUAGAAAGAGAAACGAGUGUACCUUAACAGACACCAGAGGCAUGCAGGCUUCAGUGCUGACUCAACUGUCAGUGCAGCUGAUCAGCACAGAACAUUGUGUUUAUUGGAUGUGCCUGGGUAAAUUGCUGAAGGAGCCACCAGACUGUGAGAAAGAAGGAACAGCAUCACAAGGGAGCUUCCUGGGAGAGCCACUCCCUCAGUGGAGUUUUAAAUAGACGUCUCUUCCCUGCUCCGUUGCAGCUCACCCUGAAGCUCAGGCAUAGCCUCUACUGAUCAUGUUUCUAUUACCUUUGAAAGGCCUGCCUGUAGUGGCAAUGCACAUGAAGUACCUUUCCUGUGAAAAGGCUGAGAGCUGCAAGGUGAACCAUAAAAUAAAUAGUGCGGUUUGGGUGAGGUUUGUAGUAAACCAGUUGCUUCUGGUCAUGAUGAAGCAAAUCAUGUGCUGAGUUGAAGGAGGAGAGAAAACAUAAUGGUAUUACUGAGCACAUAAAAGCUAAGAGCAGCAGUGACAAAUAAACGUGUCUUGAAUUAACAGAACAGUAAGUCACUUCUUCAGCGAAGGCCAAUCUGUUUUUAAUAAUAAACUGAAGAGCUUGAGCUCUGUGCCUUCACGUUAAAACAUGUGGCUUACUUUAAGUGUGCUACUGGCCCAUCUCUGGGCGUUCCUCUCACCUCGUUUCUAGAAAAAGCAAUCAGGCAAAGGUGCUAUGGCAGCGUAAACCUUCAGCCCCUUUGAGGUGGGGGAGAGUUCUGGAGGAGGCCCUUAGCACUCAGCAUUACUUGCUGUUAGACAGUUCAGCAGUAGUUAGAAGAGCUUCAAUUGGUAA